AUGGCGUCUUCGCUGUGCGCGCGGAUGGUGUGGCUGUCAAUGAUGGCCCUGCGACGAGCAGUUCACACCGUGCGAAAGAAGGGACUGGCGAACUGCCUCGUCUUCACCUUCCCCUUGUUGGUGAUGGCCGGCAUGUUCUACAUCGGCCUCUUCGGCUACCACCGGGAGAAGGCCAGCCUGGUGCAGAUCGUCUCCUACGGCCAGGAGGCCGGCGGCAUCUCCUUCGACAAGACGAAUCCCUAUCGAUUUUGCGCGCAUGGAGAUGGCGACGCUUCCGCACUCAACGUGAUCGUGCUCGACGAGAGCAGGGUGGUGCCCGACUUCCUCGUUCACGAUUGGAUACAGUCCGUCAUGUUCGAAGCGGUCGAGCCGCGCCGAAGCGUCAAUCUCAUCCUGGAAAAGGGAGAAGCCGAGAUUGCUGCAUCGAGUAGCGGCCGAUCUUCAUCGUCAUCUUCCGAUCUGGGCGAUGACCUGCGCGGCCCCGUCAUUCGGCGCAAGGGCGAUGCGAUGGUGGGCGAGCGCGAGCGCGAGGAGCGCAAGAUCCACCUGUGGCGCGAUGGCCGCUACAAGAAUCUCUUCUGCAAUCACUCCAUCAUCGUCGUCCAGACCAAGGCCUGCUCGCCCGUCGGCCGCGACCACCAGUUCAUCCACAACUACCUCCAGCAGGCGCGCCAGCUCGGCAUCUCCGUCCUCGGUGUCAUCCAUUCCGAUGACGAGUACCCCGACUACCAGCGCAAGGGCAAGCCCGCCGCCUCCACCACCUCUGCCGGCCUCCUCGCCGACGACGACGUCGCCAUGGCCAUGGCCCGCGCCGGCCAGGCCGCAGACAACGACGACGGCGACGACGGCGAAGCUGAAGCUGAAGGCGAUGACGACGCGACGCUGGAGCGAGCCAAGCGAGGCAGGCGAGAAGGUGAUGGCAAUGGCGGCAAUGGCGGUGGUGUGCUGCCCCAGUCGACGUGCGCCGACCGCGACUGGUACGCGCAGGCCAACUUCGUGUAUCGGCCCUACUGGUCGCGCGCCAUCAAGCAGCGCUAUCCCAACGUCAAGUGGAUGCCGCUUGGAACGCGCGCGGGAUUCGGCUCGCUGUUGCACUCCAACUCCAUCGUGCCCACGGCCAGCAGACGAUCGCACUUGUGCACCUUCAUCGGCAGCGUCUCCUCGCGCAGGGACGCGUUUUACCGAUCCCUUCUGCUGGACGGCCGCUGCUUUGUGAUGAAGCUGCGGCGGGAGGACUACGACAUCUGGCGCGAUCGUCGGUUGAUGCUCGACUCGGCCAUCACCCUCGCACCGAGCGCCAUCAACCGGGAGACCCAUCGGAUCUACGAAGCGCUCGAGGCCGGUUCGAUUCCCAUCAUCGACAAGACCAAGUGGGCCAAUUACGAUAACGACUCGUUCAUCCCGUUUGGUGACGACUGCCCGCUGCCGGCGGUGAAGGAGGACUGGACGGAGGAGCUGCCGGCCCUCCUCAACCACCUCUCCGACCCCGAGGUCAUGGACCGCACCCAGCGUGAAGUCACCGAAUGGUGGAAGACGGUGCGGCUCAGCUUCCAGGUCGACGUGAAGAACACGAUCGCGCACGCCCUGGCCAAGGCGGACAAAAGAGCGCACUCGCCGGCGAGUUGA